AUGGCGUUAGGACUCUUCAGCAAGGCCAAAACGGCCGACAGCGACUCUUCUACCGACCACAAGUUCCAUUCCAAGGACGGCGACUAUGAUCUCGCAGCCAUCGGCCCUGGCACGAACAGGCUUGCCGACCCUGGCGCCAAUCAAGACCCUGAAAAGGGUGUAGACAGCGACAGCGAAGCCAGCAUUAUUGGAAAGCAGAUGGCAAUGGAAGCUGAGAAUGCUAUCAAGUAUCGCUCAUGUAGUUGGCAAAAGAUUGCAGCACUGCUGUUCUCCGAGUACAUCUGUCUCGCCAUCAUGUCCUUCCCAUGGUCCUACUCGAUCCUCGGCCUCGUUCCUGGUGUCAUCUUGACCGUUGUCAUUGCUGCCUUUGUGCUCUACACGUCGCUGACCACCUGGCACUUCUGCAUGCGCCACCCUGAGAUUCGUGAUGUGUGUGAUCUGGGCCAAAUGAUCUUCUGGAACCAAAAGUGGGCGUUCUACUUCACUGCCGUCAUGUUCAUCCUGAACAACACGUUCAUCAUGGGCCUGCACUGUCUUGUUGGCGCCAAGUGGUGGAACACUAUCACCGGCCAUGAGCUUUGCACAAUCGCUUUCGCUGCCAUCACUGCUGUAAUUUCCUUCUUCGCCUCCCUCCCCAGGACAUUCUCCACACUGGCCAAGAUCGCGACCUUUUCCGCCCUGUUCACCUUCAUCUCCGUCAUCCUGGCUGCGAUCUUCUCUGGAAUUGGUAAAAAGCCUGCCGGCUAUCCCGAUAUGGGCGAGCUGGAAGUAUACGCCGUCACGCCCUCUGGUACUACCUUCGUUGCUGGCAUGAAUGCAUUCAUGAACAUCAGCUACACCUUCAUUGGGCAGAUCACGCUUCCAAGUUUCAUCGCGGAGAUGAAAAACCCCAAGGACUUCCCCAAAGCACUUUGGUGCGUCACAAUUGCGGAGGUCAUUGUCUUCAGCUGUGUUGGUGGUGUUGUCUACGCAUACACAGGCACACAGUACAUGACCGCACCCGCAUUCGGCUCCAUUGCAAACGAGACACACAAGAAGAUUGCAUUCACAUUCAUGGUGCCAACCAUAAUCUUCCUGGGUGUCUUGUACGCAUCUGUCUCUGCACGUUUUAUCUUCUUCCGCAUGUUCAACAACACGCGCCACAUGGGCAACCACACAGUUGUUGGCUGGGCUGCUUGGGCUGGCAUCCUCGCAGUCCUUUGGGUUCUGGCUUUCAUUAUUGCAGAGGUCAUUCCUUUCUUCUCUGAUCUGCUCUCGCUCAUGAGCUCGCUAUUCGAUUCGUUCUUCGGCUUUAUCUUCUGGGGCGUUGCUUAUUUCCGCAUGAGGAAGGAAGACCAUGGUCCUAGGUUCUGGGCAGUACGCGGACUCAGGGGCUGGGCGGGUUUUAUCCUCAACGUUAUUCUUUGCGGUAUUGGGCUGCUGUUCCUGACGGCGGGCACAUACGCGACCGUACAGUCCAUCAUCGAUGGAUACAAGGCGGCGUCCUUUGGAGGGCCGUUUAGCUGCGCAAGCAACGGACUCUAG